UGGUAUUUUAGGGUAGGGAGGGGGGUGAUAUAUCAACUACCUUUUUCUUCUUCCUUUCUUUUCUUUCGUUUCUUUCCCUUCGUUUUGUUACAUUGGUUUGAUUCUGUGCGCAGCUGGUCUGUGAUGCCAUUACAUCUAUCAUUAUACCUCAAUAAUCCAAUCCAACAAUAAUAAUCAAUAACUACUAUCUAAUCAACCAAACAAAUGUCCCAAUCUACGAGUCAUGUCCUCCACCACAUCCACAAAUACAACUCGCGCAGCGACUCAACAACAAUAACAACAUCAGACCUCACCGUGCAGGCGAAAGUAGGUCUAGCGUUCGGCAUACUAGGAGCAAUCCUCUUCACCAUAAUCCUCACCACCCUGAUCGUCCUCCGAAUCCAGCACGGACCCGUCAUUACUCUCCGAACGCUCUUCUCCCGCAACCCGAUCCCAAACAUACAAAGACAAUCAUUAUCAAUAGAUAUUUCCCCUUCGGACGAGGAAUCUCAGCCGCCGCCUGCAUACACACAUCCACACCAACACCCACACACAUUACCAGAGACAGGAUCAAAGGGAAAUGCAGAUACUCCACCCCCACAACAAGCGCAUAUACCCCCCUCGCUGCGCAAGGAACUUAAUCUGCAUGUCGAUACAUCGCAUUCGCAUAAUACUACCACUACCACUGCUAUUGCGACGACGAAACCGAAACCUACACCGCUGAGAACAAUGUCCGAUACGGAGAUACUGAGAUCAUCAACAUCAACAUCCGAGAUGAAAGAUAGAGAAGCGCGAUCGACGCUAAAGGUCCAGAUUCACCACCACCACCAUCACCUUCAUCAUAAUCAUAAUCACCCGUAUUAUAGUCGGCUGAGGGUGGGAAGUCCGAGAUCGCCUAUAGGCAAUGGUAGCGGUGCUGGUUGUGGGAAUAAAUCAGAUAGGUUAUGUCCGCCGGAGGAAUAUGCAGUGCCGCCGGAUAGUCCUGAUGUGAUUGUGUUGCCGUCGCCGAGGGAGUUGCAGAAGUUUAGGAUUAAUGUUUAUCGAUGAGAUUAUACCAUGUGUACUGUAGUAUGGGAUUGGGAUUGGCAUGUGAUUUUGGGUAUGUAUAUAGGUCACUGUUUAUGUAUGGGUAUGUUGGUAAUGAUAAUGAUGAUGAGUUGUUUAUGGUUUUG